AUGCAGAUCACCGCCCUCCUCCCCCUUCUCGCCCUCGCUCCCAGCGCAAUGGCCAGCCCCAUCGCCGAGCAAGCCACAGCUCUCGAUACCCGCGCCGGCUGCCCUGCCCAGGUCACCAGCUUCUGCAAACAGUUCCGCGAGGUCCUCGGGCAGUGCCGCAGCGGCCAGUGGAACUGCGUCCACGGCAACCCGCUCACGCUGGACGGCAACUACCCCAUCUACACGCCUGCCGGUGUUUCGUGCUCGAAGGAGGGAGACACGUGCUUGUGA